GCUGACUACGGCACCCCCAGCUCGCGGGUGGAGGGCACCCCAAGGAGCGGCGUGCGCGGCACGCCCGUGCGGCAGAGGCCCGACCUGGGCUCGGCCCGCAAGGGGCUGCAGGUGGACCUGCAUUCUGACGGGCCGGCAGCAGAGGAUAUAGUGGCGAGCGAGCAGUCUUUGGGCCAAAAACUCGUGAUUUGGGGGACAGAUGUAAACGUGGCAGCAUGCAAAGAAAGUUUUCAGAGAUUUCUUCAGCGUUUUAUUGAUCCUCUGGCUAAAGAAGAAGAAAAUGUUGGCAUAGACGUUACUGAACCUCUGUACAUGCAGCGACUUGGGGAGAUUAAUGUUAUUGGGGAGCCAUUUUUAAACGUGAACUGUGAGCACAUAAAAUCAUUCGACAGUAACCUAUACAGACAGCUAACCUGCUAUCCACAGGAAGUUAUCCCAACUUUCGACAUGGCUGUCAAUGAGAUCUUCUUUGACCGUUACCCUGACUCAAUCUUGGAACAUCAGAUUCAAGUAAGACCGUUCAACGCACUGAAGACCAAGAACAUGAGGAACCUGAAUCCAGAAGACAUCGACCAGCUCAUCGCCAUCAGCGGCAUGGUGAUCAGGACAUCCCAGCUGAUCCCGGAGAUGCAGGAGGCCUUCUUCCAGUGCCAGGUCUGCGCCCACACAACACGAGUGGAGAUGGACCGCGGCCGCAUCGCCGAGCCCUGCGCCUGCGAGCGCUGCCACACAGCCCACAGCAUGGCGCUCAUCCACAACCGCUCGGUCUUCUCCGACAAGCAGAUGAUCAAGCUCCAGGAGUCCCCUGAGGACAUGCCCGCAGGGCAGACGCCACACACGGUCAUCCUCUUUGCCCACAACGACCUUGUGGACAAGGUCCAGCCUGGGGACAGGGUGCACGUCACAGGCAUCUACCGUGCUGUUCCCAUCCGAGUGAACCCUCGGGUGAGCAACGUGAAGUCCGUCUACAAGACCCACAUUGACGUCAUUCACUACCGCAAAACCGACUCAAAACGUCUGCACGGCCUUGAUGAAGAAGCAGAGCAGAAACUUUUUUCAGAGAAGCGAGUGGAACUGCUUAAGGAACUUUCCAGAAAACCAGACAUUUAUGAGAGGCUGGCUUCCGCUUUGGCCCCGAGCAUCUAUGAACACGAAGAUAUCAAGAAGGGAAUCUUGCUUCAGCUCUUUGGUGGGACAAGAAAGGACUUCAGCCACACGGGGAGGGGCAGGUUUCGCGCCGAGGUCAACAUUCUGCUGUGCGGGGACCCGGGGACCAGCAAGUCCCAGCUGCUGCGCUACGUGCACAACCUGCUGCCCCGCGGCCAGUACACAUCCGGGAAGGGCUCCAGCGCCGUCGGCCUCACUGCCUAUGUGGCCAAGGACCCCGAGACGCGGCAGCUGGUCCUGCAGACCGGGGCCCUUGUGCUGAGCGACAGCGGCGUCUGCUGCAUUGACGAGUUUGACAAGAUGAGCGAGAGCGCGAGAUCGGUGCUGCACGAGGUCAUGGAGCAGCAGACGCUGUCCGUAGCCAAGGCUGGGAUCAUCUGCCAGCUCAACGCCCGCACCUCUAUCCUGGCAGCAGCAAACCCCAUUGAGUCUCAGUGGAAUCCGAAGAAAACCACCAUUGAAAACAUCCAGCUGCCCCACACGUUGUUAUCCAGGUUUGAUCUGAUCUUCCUCAUGCUGGAUCCUCAGGACGAGGCGUACGACCGGCGCUUGGCCCACCACCUGGUGUCUCUGUACUACCAGAGUGAGGAGCAGGCGCAGGAGGAGUUCAUGGACAUGGCAGUGCUCAGGGACUACAUUGCCUACGCCCACAGCACCAUCCAGCCCCGGCUGAGCCAGGACGCCAGUCAGGCACUCAUCGAGGCCUACGUGGACAUGAGGAAGAUCGGCAGCAGCCGUGGGAUGGUGUCCGCGUACCCCCGGCAGCUGGAGUCGCUGAUCCGCCUGGCGGAGGCCCAUGCCAAGGUGCGGUUUUCCAGCAAGGUCGAGGCGAUUGACGUGGAGGAGGCCAAGCGCCUGCACCGGGAGGCCCUGAAGCAGUCGGCCACUGACCCGCGCACGGGCAUCGUGGACAUUUCCAUCCUCACCACAGGGAUGAGCGCCACCUCUCGUAAACGGAAGGAAGAGUUGGUGGAAGCCCUGAAAAAGCUUAUUUUGUCCAAGGGCAAAAUGCCAGCCCUGAAAUACCAGCAGCUUUUUGAAGAUAUUCGGGGGCAGUCUGAUGUAGCCGUCACCAAGGACAUGUUCGAGGAGGCCCUGCGCGCCUUGGCGGAUGACGACUUCCUGACGGUGACUGGGAAGACGGUGCGCCUGCUCUGAUGCCCAAGCGCAGCUGUGUCACUACCCUGCACCGUUGGAUGGACGGCCUCAGGUCGUCACUUGGCCCCAUGAAUGUCCUCUAACUGGGUUCCAUUUUCCCGGGAAGCCUGCGUGUUCACCGUGUUAACGUUUUAAGUAAAAGCUCUGUCAGUUUAUAAGCCAUAUAUUCAGGGUCAUUCUCUUGAAGUGCCGUUUCUUUAGCUCUAUGGCUGAAAGGCACUUGUGUGCAGACAGCAGGAUGACAGUCUUUGAAGACAGCCGUCUGGGUCGUGGUCUGUGCUGGACGUGGGGUCACUCGUGUGAGGUGAUGAGGGACCGGUCCCUGCUGUAGUGCAGUCCCCGGGCUUGUCCUCUGCACUGCUGUGAGCCUGGAAGUGUUGGAAUUCCUCAUCAGCAUCUGCUGCUUCACUCUGCUAUGAAAACUUUCCUCAAUAAAUGAUAGAAUAAGGAA